CUUUGAGCAAUUGUUGUUUGUUAUUUCUCUACUUGUGUUUGCUUGCACAAAUUUAUCUCAGUUAUGACCUUGAAAGUGGAUAAAGUUUUGAAAAGUUGUCUAAUUUCUGCUUUGAUGAUGUGAUGACUGAAAAUUAAAAGAUACUCGAUGGAUAAUCAUGAAGACAACUUGAGGUCAUUAAUCGAAGAAGCGAGUAUUUCCAGGAACAGUUCUCAUCUUCAUCAAGGCAAAGCAGAUACUUUAAUAGAUCUUCCAACUUGUCUUUCUAAACGAAGUGAUUUACCACCCAUACAAAAACAUGAAAGGCGAUUUUCAAGCCAUUCAGAAAAAAAAUCAGUUACGUUUUCGUUUUCUGGUAGUGAGCGAAGCAAUCACAUACUAAAUGCAUCCGAUUGUUUUGCUUAUAUGCGUAAAGGUAGUGAAAUGAUUAAACUUCAUACUAGUGGACGUCAAUAUAAACGUAUGUUUUAUUUAAAUGAACAAAUGAAUUGUAUUAAAUGGUCUUCAACAAAUAAACGUCAAUCAAAUUCACAAAUUGAUAUUGAAGAAAUUCAUGAAGUACAACUAGGCUGUUCCUCAAGAACUACACAUUCCCUCGGUCGACGACGUCCACUUAGUAUGACUCCAACAUUAUCACAUGGCUUUUUAUCCUCAAGUGGAUCAGGUAGCCUAAUUCAAUCAGCAUCAAAAAUGUAUUCAUCAAACAAUUCAAGUUCUUUGACUAUUGGUUCAAUGUCACCACAAAUUCAAAGUUCCACAUCAUUAAAUUCAACGAUACUUAAUCUUAGUUCUAGUGCAUUUACAAUAUGCUAUGGACCGGAUUUUACUGUAUUAGAAAUUUUAGCUUCUGGUCCAGAAGAAGCAAAUAUUUGGGUGACUGGAUUAAAAUGUCUAAUGGCUGGUGCUCAAGAUCCGCAAGUCCUAGAAGAUAGACAGAAACCACGUGACAGAUGGUUACAAAUUUUAUUUCAUGAAGCUGAUUCAACUAAUCAAGGAUACUUAAGUGAAUUUGAAGUGAUUCGUUUAAUUCGAUCAAUUAAUCCAAGUUUAUCAUCGAUACAUUUAAGGCAUAAAUUAAAAGAAAUGGAGAGUAAAGUUCGAUGUCAUAAAACUGGAAUAACUAAAGAUGAUUUCGUAAAUUUUUUUAAGAAAGUUGCUACUAGACAAGAGAUUUAUUACAUUCUUGUAAGGUAUUCCAGUGGAUCAGAACAUUUAAGUGCAGAAGAUUUAAAGAAUUUUUUUGAAAGCGAACAAGGUAGGACUGGUUUAACACGUGAUCAAUGUAAAGCUUUAAUUAAUCGUUUUGAACCAUCUCAUGAAAAUCGACAAUACAAUUUAAUGGGAAUUGAUGGGUUUACAUUACUAUUAUUAUCCGAGGAAUGUGAUAUAUUCAAUCCAGUACAUUUACAAGUUUGUCAAGAUAUGUCCCAGCCAAUAACUCAUUAUUACAUUGCAUCAUCACAUAAAACAUUUUUACUUGAAGAUCAACUGACAGGUCCUUGCAGUAUUGAAGGUUAUCAAAGAGCACUCCUUUCAGGAUGUCGAUAUAUUGAACUUGAAGUCUAUGAUGGUCAUGAUGGUCAUCCAGUUGUUAGACGUGCCAAUUCUCGACCACCUGGUAUACCAAUACAAGCUGUAUUAAAUACAAUACAUGAUUUUGCAUUUAUACGUUCUGAAUAUCCGGUUAUUGUAUCAAUUGAAUGUUAUGCAACUCAAGCACAACAACGUGUAUUAGUCACAUUCUUACGUUGUUGUCUUGGUAACCGCUUACUAUUACCAAAUUCAGAAUUCACUUUUAAUUUAAGUGAAUCACAAUUAGAAAUUGAAGAACAAGUUGAAAAAACAAAACUACAUUCUAUGCUGAAUAAUAAAGCCAAUCGUAAAAAUAGUCUAACAGUAGUUGAUUUAAAAAAUGAAUCAACAGUAUAUACAUCAAAUGGUUCUUUUGUAAGAUGGCCAUCACCACGUGAUCUUAUAGGACGUAUAUUAUUACAAGGUAAACGAUUACCAAAAGGUAGUACUACAAUAAUGAAUACAUCAAAUAAUGAAUCAGAAAAAUGGAUGAAUGGUGGUCUACCUAAUUUAAGACGUGUUUUUAAUUCAUUCUAUACUUCUCAUCAAGAAACACCUGUUAUUGGAGAAUUGUCUGAUAUGUUUUUCUUCGAUACAACUAAUUAUGAACAAAUUGCAAAUAAUGAUUCCAUAAAAUCUAAUAUAUCAUCACUUAAUAUGAAUCGUAAAAUGUCAUCACUCUCAUCAAUAACAUCGUCAUCAUCAACUCGAGGUAUAAAAAGUGAUCUAAAACUUGAUCAUUCAUAUAUUAAUAAUAAUACACAUAAUUCCUCAACAUCACCAGUUGUUAUAGUCGGUGGUACACAUACAGAAACGAAUCAUCCUACAAUGACAAUGAGAAAUUUUCAAUAUCAAUCUAAAGCUAAAUUAGAUUUAUAUGAUCAUUCUAAUUUAAAAGAUAAAAGAAAUACAACUAUUAAUAGUAUUACUAAUAGAACUAUUAAUAAUAGUAUGAACAAUACUACUCAUAACAACAAUACUACUAAUAAACAUUAUCAUCAAGAUCAUAUACAUUUACAUCCAUAUUAUACCAUUAUUAUGUCAGAAUCUGAAGCAUCACGUGCUAUUGGUACUGGUGCCGGGGAUUUAGUACAAUUAACAAGAAAUUCAUUAAUACAAAUAUGUCCUAGUCCAUCAAGAGCUGAUAGUAGUAAUUUAAAUCCAUUAGAUAUAUGGGCAUGGGGUGGACAAAUUGUAACAUUAAAUUAUCAAACAGCUGGUUUAAUUAUGGAUUUAGCUACUGGAUUUUUUGCACGUAAUGGUGCUUGUGGUUAUGUAUUAAAACCUAAUUUAUAUCGUCAAUAUUCAUCAUUUUUUACACCAUAUAAAUCAAAUUUAUUAAAUAUUACUGAAAGACCACCAGAUACUACACCACAGGUACUUCGGCUGAAAAUUGUCAGUGCACAGCAACUACCUAAGCCGAGGGGAUCAGUUUCAAAAGGGGAUACAAUUGAACCAUAUGUUGUGGUAGAAAUUCAUGGUAUUCCAGUGGAUUGUGCUGAACAACGUACGGUCACUGCACCAGCUGGUAGUGCAUCCGGUUAUAAUGCAAUAUUUGAGGAUACUUUUGAAUUUUGUGUACAGCUAGGUAGUCUGGCAUUAGUACGCUUUGUCGUAUUAGAUGAUCAUGCAAUUGGUGAUGAUUUUAUCGGACAAAAUACAGUACCAUUUGAUUGUUUACUUACAGGUUUCCGACAUGUCCGUUUACGUAGCGACACUGGUGAGCCCAUCCCACUUGCUACUUUAUUUGUACACAUUACUAUCACAACUAGAACAGAUAAUUCACAUAGGGAAACAAAUACUGGCCUACUUCAUAGAUGGCGUUCACGUAAUCGUCAACAAUUACAACUGAAAAAAGUCGGUGUCUCCACAUUUGAUGAAAUAUUCAAGGCUACUGCAACAACUUUACGUCAAGUAUGUGAACUUCGAACAUCUGUACUCUCUAGUUUCGAUAAUUUUAGGCGAUUGUGUGGUGAAACAUCAACACCAUUAUCCAUGAAUCAAUGUAUUCGAGCGUUGUCUACACGUAUUGCAACAUCGUUCGGAUCACCAGAUAUGUGGCCUGUACGUAUGCGUAUUCGACCAGAAGAUGAAAUGCCUCAUUUAGAGAUACAAAAUUCAUUCUCUGGAUCUGGGCUAAGUGGUUAUCCAAGUUUAAGUACACUCGGUGAUCCAAUAUCUCAUCAUGGUACACUUGGAUCAUCAUUAACCCGAAAUUCUUCAUUACGUUUUUCCCCUUCACCUGGAUUGCAUCGUUCGCCUUCAUUAAUUCUUUCCCCUCGACUAUUUUUAAAUAGACGCUUAAAAAGUAGUUCAAAAUCAAUUGAUGAAGAUUCAGCAUCAGCUUUGUCAAUUGAUGUUAUGGGUUGUCAUGGUAAUGGUAAUAGUAGUACACACAGUGUACAAGAACAUUCACCAACUGUUUCAACAAAUAACAUAGCAAGACGACCAAGUAUUCAUUCAAGUAGUAGUAGUAUUUCUUCUUUUUCCGUUGGACGUUUGGAUAAAUUGAAAAAAGCGGUCAGUGAGUUUGAAAAUCUUAUUGAAUCAUGUAAAACACUGAUUAAACAAGGACCAUAUCUUCGAGUAAAACUACAACAAACUCAAAGAACUGCCUUAGAUGCAUAUACAACUUUUCUAGAAGGUUUAAAAGCUCCAUCAUCUCAUGCUACUGCCAUUUCAAAAUUGACAUCAUCAGCGACAGCAGCCACUACAUCAUUGAGGAGUUCAAUAUCUCAUGGAAAUGAAACACGUUUUGGUAGUUUAACAUCAGAAAUUAGCCGACGUGUAACUUCACAUAUUAGUGAAGAUAAUUCAGAUAAUCGUAAUAAAACAACUACUACUGGUACGUCAAUAUAUUGGCGACGUAUGUCACGUGUAGCUGAUAAUGUCACCUGGAAUCUACGUUUAUUAACAGGACAAACUGAAUUAAUGACAUUAUUAUUAAAUGAAUCAAAUGAAUGGAUAAAACAAGCAAAAGAAUCUAGUCAAUCUACUGGUCUUUUAAUUAAAUUAGAUACAUCUAGUAUAACUGAUUCACAUUCUUCACCAACUUCAUCAGAUAAAGAUCAAUUAACUAAUGAAUUGAAUAUAGAAGUUCCUUUAACUACUAAUAAGCCAUUAAUCUCAGAUCAUAUCAUACAAGAUCAUCAAACUUCAUUAAACCGAUCACUGAACAUAACAUCGAAUGAAAUAUCAAACAAUCUAAAUAGUACAAAUCAAAUAGAUCAUAAUAUAACAUCAAAAAGUCCAUUAUCACCUUUAUUAGAAAUACCUCGUUCAAAUCAAGUGUUGAAUACACUUGAACCAUCUAAUCUCAGCACAUUUAAAACCUAUACCACACCAAAUAGAUCAUUAAUAAGAUCAAAUGUCAAAAAUCUUAAUUCAUAUAAAGUUUCCACAGAUAUUAAACAAAAUAUGAUAUCAAAUGAAACAACAAUAACUACCACUACUACUACUACUACUAACAUUCAUACUACUCAUUUCAGUAAUGUGAACAGUAGUAUAAAAACUAUGACUACAACAACAAAUACAAAAUUAUUACCAACUAGUAAUAUUAUCAAUUCAUCAGGUAAUUUAUCAAAAAUUAGAAAUCGUUUUAAUCAAGCAUGGAAGAAAUGAACAUUGUUAAUAAGAUGAUUAUAUAAUGAACUAUAUUCAAUGAACAGAAUUACCCUUUUAUAAAUAUGCAUACAUAUAUAUAUAUAUACUACUCAUAAGUAGAUUGCCUACAAGAGCAGAGUGAACAAACUUAUAUAAUCUAUAUAUACAUAUACUAAUUUGUGAUAUUAGCAUAAUAAGAGUAUAUUCAAAUUGUAUGAAAGCAAUUUGUUAAACUCCAAUAUACAUUUUUAUAUAUAUAAUCCAGAUGAAUGGUCUUUACUUUUCUUCAUAUAAUAAAUAUUAGACUAACGGAUUAAUGUCUUAUCUUUCCUCAUUAUCUAACCCAACCCUAUGCAUGAAAUAUUGAGUAACCAUAGCAAAAACAACAAUAAUGUAAACUUUAUAUCAAGAUUGUAUGGAGAAAAAAGGAACAAGAAAGGAGAAAUAUUUAUUCUGUAGUAUAUACAUAUAUACAUAAUAGAUUAGUAACUGCAAUUUCUGGAUCAAAAACGUACAUGUGAAUAAAUACAAACAAACAGAUACAUCUACGUACCAAAAGUUCUUGUCAGAUUUUAUGCAUUUUUUAAAGUAAAGAAAAAUUGAAUUACAUUCUGGUAUUGGUCAGAUUUGUUUUUUUUUUCUUUUCUUACUAAGUAUAAGUAUCAUUUCUACAACUCCUACGGCUACUACUACCACUACUACUACUUCCGAUUAUGACUUUACUUUCAUCUUUUCGUUUUGUUCUUUUUUUUUACUUCUCCACAAUUUCUUUGUUCAAAAAUGAAAUACUACUAACUACUAAUUAUCCAUUAUCAAGUUUGUAUUUAUUUUUGUUUUCUUCUUCUUUUCCUUCAUAAUUAAAUGAUUAAGAAUAUGGUUAAAUUAACCAUUUAUUACAAAUACAAAAUAUACUGUAAACAUAUUUUAUUGUAACUAAUAAUAUUACGUGUUUAAUUUCAUACUACUAAUAAAUAAUAUAAGUAGUAAAAAUAAUCAACUUAAAUAAAAAUCAUGUAAAGACAACAGAAUAGAUGAAGAUUUAAAUCAGAGGAAAUUUACUUAUUUAUUUGUAUUUUAAAUCAUAAAUUAAUUACAUUGAAUGAAUUAAUGUAUGUGUUAAAGCUGU